ACGACAAAGGAAAAUGCGGAAGCUGUAACCGGAAGUACAGCACUGGAUGAAAAGUUGGCUGCCUGGCAAGCGAAUUCUCUCAGUUCUUUUAAGACAAAAUAUGGAAGGGUUGAUGACAACGUUCAUGUAAGUUACUGAUCGUUCUGUUGUUGAAGAACAAAUAGAAAGGUGGUCGCUUUGGAACCAUAGACCGUGUCGUCGAAAUUGUCGGAGGAAGUAACGCUACGCCGUGUUACCUCCCUGGCUUGGUAACUUGACUAGCUAGUUGAAGACAGUACCGUUAUAACUGAAGCUGCUAGCCAGCAAAAGGAUAUCCUUAGAUUCAGAGACAACAUGGCGGACUCCAGCAGCAGUAAACCCUUCAUGGUCACCUCCUCCCUCAACUUUAAAGUCACCACACCCUCCUUCUACAACCAACCAAAGAAGUUUGCCUCAGUUGCCCCGCCACGCCCCAAAAGCCAGUCUGAUACAUCGCCUCCAGAAGGCCCUUCUCCUCCCCCAGGACUGGCAUCCUCAACACGUGGUGUCGGCACUGCUGUCAUUGGUCGAGUUGGAGAGAUGCCUCCACCACCACCAUCACUCUGUGCAGACUUCCCGCCCCCUCCUCCUCCACUGGAUGAUGAGCUGCCAGCCCCUCCCCCGGAUUGUGCAACUACACCCCCAGCUUCUGAUGCCCCUCCCCCAGCUUUCCCUGCCCCUCCCCCUCCCGCAGUGGAUGACCUACCUCUUCCCCCUGCCCCGUCUGAGGAGAAUGCCUGUCUCCCCCAUUCUGUGUCUCCUCCUCCUCCUCCUCCACCCCCUCCCCCUCUCCCAGUCUCUGCUCCUAGCAGUGUUCCCAGUGCCUUGGGGAACCCUCAGCGUCUGGUACAGAAGCAGACUAGUUUUGACAAACAGCUUGACUCCCUGACUGAUCUGCUGUCUGAGAUGGAGACCAGAGGACCCUUCAACCCCAAGUUGCCCAGUCAGCACUCUGCUCCUCCUCCUGCCGCUAAACCUACAGCACCUCCUCCUACCACGCCCAAGCCCAACCUUUCCUUCCUCCCCCCUCCAGAGAUGGGAGACAAGCCCCCUCCUGCACCAUGGGCCAAGGAGCUCAAACUCAGAUCGACAAACAGACAGGCAAAUGACAGCUCUACAUCGGCUUCUGCUCCCGCCCCUACACCACAGCCAUUGGCUAAGGCCCCGGUGGUGGCCCCUAAGGCUUUUGGGGGGAUGAAGACAGGGACAUCGGUGCCUCCUGUGAGCUUGAAGAACCAGAACCAAGCUCCGGCUCCGUUUGGAGUUGCUCCUAUGCCUUCCCAUGGAGCCAGCUCCUUCCCUCCUGCUCCCUCAGCUCCUCCCGCCCCUCCAGCCAACCCAGUGGCUCCCCCAGCCGUCAAUCACCCAAAGCCCUCUUCCACAGGUUCUCAGAUGACCGUGAGCCCGUCCCCACCUGCACCCUCCCCUCAGCCCAAAACGAUGCCAUCAGCCCCUUCUUCUUACAGCCAGCCAAUGAAAUCAUCAAAGCCCUCGCCCCCUGGCCCAGUGUCUGUCCCAGGUGGAGGUGUCCCUCUGUCCAUGAGGGAGGUGGAGGAGCUGGAGAGAAUGACCCAUGCAUUCAUCAAAGACAUGGAUUCUCACGCACCGGUCAUCACCUCUCCACCUACAGAUGUGUGUGGAAAGUGUGGAGAGGCCCUGUCUCGUUCCCAGCCAGCAGUUAAAGCCAUGAACCAACUGUUCCACUCGGACUGUUUCUGCUGUAUGAGCUGCCAGCGCCCCCUGCAGGGCAUGCAGUUCUACGACCGUGACGGGGCUCCGCAGUGUGAGGACUGCUACACUAGUUCUCUGGCGGUGUGUUCACGUUGCGGGGAGCGCAUAACCGACCGCGUGUUGAAGGCCGUGGGCCAGUGCUUCCAUGCCCAUUGUUUUCGCUGCUGCACAUGUGCCUGCAGCCUGGAAGGGGCGCCCUUCAUCACGGACGACAACAACAACCCCUACUGUGUCCCAGAUUACCACAGGCGCUUCUCCCCCCUGUGUGUGAGCUGUAAUGAGCCCAUAGUCCCCGAUGCCGGCAGCGAGGAGACCGUGAGGGUUGUGGCCCUGGAGAAGAACUUCCACCUCAAGUGCUACCGCUGUGAGGAUUGUUCCCGCCCCCUCUCCAUAGAGGCUGAUGCAGAUGGCUGCUACCCAUUGGAUGGCAAGAUCCUGUGCAUGAAGUGCCACACCCAGCGGGCCAAGGCCAAGGCGUGAUUGGUGGAUACGUCAACUAUUCAAACCAAACUAUGAACCAAAUCCAAGGCACAGGAUCCAUUCAGCUUCUGCCGUUCUGUCAUUUCAGCAGGGCCGUGCGUGCGUGCGUGCGUGCGUGCGUGCCUGAGAGUAUGUUUGCAUGCAGAUAGGUUUUCCCUCUGUCCUCUUUCUGGUUGUUCCCUGUCUCUUGGUUCAGAGGUAAUGUACUGCAUUGAGAGAUGCCCCGUCUACCCCAAAGUGUUAACGCCUAUUCACCACUUUACACUAACAGGAAAAGAUUUGAUAAGGUUUUACUUUUUACCAUCCAGCUUUCUUAUUUUCCGAGGCCUAUGGCGCUGCAGUGUUAGGAAGGGAAAGUGGAUUUGUAAGAUGUUGCCCCGUACUGGUUAUGGUUGGGUGUGGAGGUGGUUAGUCCUGCACCUGUUCCUAUUGGUGACCUUUUACCAAGACAUAACAGUAUAACCCCCUGAUCCCAGUGCACCAGGAAUUAAACCAAUUCAUGUUCCCCUGCAUCUCCUGUAGUGUGGAACGUGUGUGGGUUGGUGGCAUCCUAAAGCACUUUGGGAGAUGUAGUGCCUGCAAGCAUACAAGUCGCUUAAUUGCCUUUUGGGAGUGCUUUCUACAGGUCAACACACACCUUGAUGGUAGCAGAGCAGUGUGCUGUAGGAAAUGUAGUUCUUCUAAGGCUAAAAACUGAGUGCAAAAGAAUAUUGAAUGUGGAUCUUGUAUAUUGGUGUUUGUGUGUGUGUGUAUUGCUUAUUGGGUUGUAACAUCUACAGCCAGUUGUCCUCAGAAUGAGGGAGAAAUAAGAUAGAAAUUUAAAAAGUAUUUCUGUGUGAAAAGAAUUGAAAGUGUAAUAGGCCAUUUUAAGAUAAUUCGAUAAUACAGUUGCACGCUAGCAAGAACAAAUCGGUUAAACGUUUGCAAGCACUGAUUCAUUCCUAUGAUCUCAUGAUAAGUAGAGUACUGUAGUUUAGCAAGGGCAGCAUGGCAUAGAACAGCAUCUGUGUUCUAAGUAGAAGUGUCUUUAACUAAAGAUCUAGAAUCAGAUUGUCAUAUCCCUAAUACCAUCCCUAAUCUUAAUUUAAAGGGACAUCUGAUCCUACAUCAGUAGUUAUGUUCAAAAACUACUUCAGGACCAUGCACGACUCCAUUAGUUUACCUUAAGGUCAAUAGAACUAAUAAGAUCUCAUACAUGUAGUAUCAUUAGCUUUCUGAACACACCUGCACACUAAAUAAUAAUGUGUCUAUUGACAAUGAUAAUUACAAGUGCUUUAACUAAACAUCUGGAUUCUGAAAUGCUUAGUAUUUUGGGCAUUUGCAGCCCUGAAAAUUGUUAUAAAACUGAUUCAGUGUUUUCAGUAUUAUGUACCAGAUCAAAUGAAAGCACAGCAGACAGUGUCAGCGCAGUCAGCUGCACUUCAGUGUUGGUAAUAUGUCUCAACAUAUAUCAGGCCCAAAUAAUGGUCACUCACAUGCAUCAAACCUUUAACUCACUGCCUUUGGGGUGGAAUUCACUAUUCUAUGUUUUUUUGUGUGUGUGGUAAUACAUCAUAUUGUUAUUUUCUCAUAUUCCAAUUAAUACUACUGUUUUCAAUACUAAUUUUAGUGUAUUUUAAUGUCUAUCAGUUAUAGUUACUCUGCUUCUAAUCUCACUGUACUGUAUUUGAUUGAGUACUAUUUUUCCCUCUGAUAUUUAUGUGAAACUUGAUGUGUUUGGCACCACAGUAUUCCCCCCACACCGGUUCAGACUGCUGUGGCCCCCUAACACCAAUUUCUGCACAUUCCUCAGUCUAGCAUAGUGCCACAACACCAAGGACAAACCUAACAUCUGUCCUAGAUAUGACUCAUUUAACAUGUGACCAUGCUGUUGUCAUCAGUUUGAGACCAAUUGGGUGCUGAUACGUUAGAAACACCACUUUGUUCCCUAUGCAUUUAUUUAAUGAUUGCCUUGUUUUUUCAUUUUUUUUUUCAUUUUAUAAAUUCCUCUUUUAUAUUCGUGUGAAUGUGUAUAUGUUUACGGUUCCAAACAUGCCAACCAGUACAUGUCUUUCUCUUCUUUCAAUAAACUGUAUUCAAAAUAAAACUCAUACAAAUACA